CCUCAUUCAAUCGCGAAAACAUAUUACGUAGUGUCGUUAGUCAAGAUCAUAUAAAGUGGUUUCAACAUUUACCGUAUUUCUUGGGCAUCUGUAAUAAAAACACCACGUUGAGAUCAAACAGACAACAGGUCAAUUUAAAAGAAAAACUUUCAAGUCGAAGGGUAAAGGAUAAAUCGGACUGCGAAAAUGAAACUAAACAAAAUUCAACCUCAGCCAAUAAUAGGCUAGCAUGUAAACAUUGUGGCACAAUAUACAAAACGCUAACGGAUCUUAGGAAGCAUGUUAAAUUCGAAGAGAAAGUAUACUACUGUCAUCAUUGCGAAAACUCGGGUAAAAUAACCAAAGAAGAACUAAUCAAUCAUUGCAAGACGGUAGGAAUCAAUUACAAAAUUCCCAAUUUCUUCCGAAAAGCAAUGACAAAAAGGCCGCGAAUGCUCAACCCAAGUGAACGAAUGUGUUGCGAAAUAUGUUCGACUGAAUUUGAGAACAAAACACAGUUGGAACAGCACUACGAAGAAUCUCACAAAAACCAUUACAAAUGCGAAGUGUGUAGCGAGGGAUUCAAAAAAAUACUCGCGUAUAUUUUUCACAUAAAGACUCACAGCGACGACGGCCUAUACAGGUGCGCCCUGUGCAACUAUACAACCCCUAAUCGCUACAUAGUAAAUAAGCAUUUAAAAGACAAACAUGACCAGUUCAAAAAGCACAUUUGCAAAUUAUGCGGCAAAAGUUUCUCCGUAUUCACCUAUUUUCUAGAACACAACAAGUAUUUUCAUAGCGGCGAACGUCCGUUCCAAUGCGACCAUUGCGGCAAAAGGUUCAUGUAUUCAAGGUACCUAAAAACCCACAUGGCUCAUUUACACAAAACUCGGACCGAAGAAGAACUUAAGUGCGUGUUUUGCGGCAACUCGUUCCAAACAUCCCAAGCGCUCAUGAAUCAUCGCAUCAAACAACACCCGAAACAUUUACAUGUUUGCGAAAUUUGCGGGAAGACAUUCAACACAAAGUCGUUGUUGGUGUUGCAUUCUAGCGUACAUUCCAAUCAGAAAGCAUUCGGUUGUUCGUUUUGCGAGAAAAAAUUCAAACGUAGAUCAUUCUUGGUACAACACGAGCGUAUUCAUACCGGUGAGAAGCCGCACGUGUGUCCGCAUUGCGGUAAGGGUUUCUCGCAGCGCAGCAGUAUGGUGAGACACACGAGACGACAUACGGGAGAACGUCCUUAUGCUUGUCAUAUUUGUAAUAAGGCCUUCGCAAGCAGAAAUUUACUUACAAAUCAUCGAAAAAAUUGUAAAGGCGUUUCCUAAUAUACAGAUAAUUAAUAAAUCUAUUAUUUGUUUAAGUUUUGUUUUUAUUUUUAAACAAUAAGUAGAUUUUAGUGUCUUUCAGUUAGAACAACUCGUAGGUAGCCAACGAAUAAAGUUUUAUUUUUACUUUUUGUAAAGCAGCAGUUUUUCUUGAUGUAUUUGGUACGUAUCACGUUAAAACAUAUUAAAAUGUUGUCGUCCCAUAGAAUUUCUUCAUCAUCAUCAUAAGGUCGUCAGU